UUCCCCCCCCCCCGGAGCAUAGAGGAGGCCAGAGGGGCUACUGGGUUCAACGGGAAAUAGUGAAGCGUUGACGGUUCUUUCAAUCCGGGUCAGGCGAAAGCGAUGAAGACGGUGACCAUGGAGGCUGGGCUGGGUUCGAUGCCGGUACCGCGUGCAGAGCUGAAGCUGGUCCGACUGUUGAGCCGUUGUGAGGCGAUGGCGGCCGAUAAACGAAAUCCGGACGAGUGGCGGUUGGAGAAGUACGUAGCUGCUCUGGAGGAGAUGUUACUCACAUUGAAGAAACACUCCAGCAAACCAGCUCCUGAAGUACUGAAUGAAUAUUCUCGUAAGGUGGAUUUUUUAAAGGGCUUGCUAGAAGCAGAGAAAUUGUCAUCAUCUUCUGAGAAGGCGCUGGCAAAUCAGUUUUUGGCUCCCGGGAGAACUCCUACCACUGCCAAGGAGCGAACUCCAGCAACGAAAACCGUGCAUCUACAGACCAAGGCCCGCUUUAUGGGCGAGAUGAGAAAUGAGCUGCUUGGUACAGACCCUUCCUAUAUCAAUGAUUUGGAAGAGAAAAAUUUAAGGAAACGCAUGACUCCACUUCCUGACGAGAAGCAGUCAGCUGCCGAACUGGAUGCGGUCCUGCAGACUCAUCACAACAUCCAGGAGAAAUUAGCUGAAGAGAUGUUGCACCUGGCGCGCAAUCUCAAGAACAACACUCUUGUAGCACAGAAUGUGAUUAAGCAAGAUAACCAGACCUUGACGCAGUCACUCAAGCUGGCUGACCAGAACUUUGAGAAACUAAAGUCUGAAUCGGAUCGCCUGGAGCAGCAUGCCAAGAAAUCUGUCAACUGGCUUCUCUGGCUAAUGUUGAUCAUUGUCUGUUUCAUUUUCAUCAGCAUGAUCCUGUUCAUUAGAAUCUUCCCCAAACUAAGAUGAUUUCUGGGCUGGUGUCAGCAGCAGCUUGGCACCUUAUCUUAUUUUAUCUUUUUCAUUUAACCCAUCAAACCUUGCUGGGCUUUUGUAAUUUGGUGAAAAUGCUUAAUGGGAUACUAGCUCUGUUGCAGAUUCUCAUAGAAUCUGAGCUAAAAUGUUUUCCUCCUGCUUGAAAGACUCAAUAGGAAAGCUUCUUCUGCAUUAUUAUAGCAGGAUUAAGCAACCUAUGGGACAUAUGCAACAGCCCAGAAGUUCCUCUUUGUAUGGCCUACAGCCCCCCCCCCCGAGUGUUUUAAAUAACAAUAGAAGUGGGGCUUCUGAACUUAACAUACCUAUUCAUAAGCAAAUAAUCCCCCAAGGAAUUUGGUGACCCACUGUGGGGGCAAAAUAGUAACAAAUCUUUUGGUUAGCAAAAGUUUUCCAUUCCUGAAUUAUAAGUCAACAAAGACUCUCCUUGCUGCUGGUGAGGAGCAAAGUAGGUGAAUUGAAAUCUCAUUAAAAUAGAAUAUGACUUCACCUACUGAGGUUGGAUGGGGGGGGGAGGUAAUACUUAGCUGUUCUUAAUUAUUUUCCUUUCACAGAUCAUCUCAACAAUAUUGCUUUGGUCAUCAGGUUCAUUGACAAAGUACUCGUUAGCAUACAACAACCCAGGGUUAUAGAAGCUUUCCCAAUUUUCUUUGCUUUGGAAUAAUAAAAUAGUCCUUCAUGAAUAUAUUUCACAUGCAAGUUUGCUAGUAUCCCCUGGGGAUUACUUACUCUGGGGGAGAUGGUUAGGUAGACAUUCAUUCCAGGGUGAUUGGCAGUUAUGUGACCUUGAAGAAUAAAAGUGUGGCAAUAGUGACUCUUUGAAGUGAGUCGUGCUUCAUGGAAGUUUAGACCUCUAAACUUACACUGCAGCAGUGUAAGGCUGAGGACAGCAUUCCCUUUUAUUCAUUUGAUAUAUUGAGUCAGAACAAGGCCGUAAGGGAAGAAUUCAAUUGAAGAUAGAGUGGGCCUCAUCUGAACAUAGAGGUAAGCUUGAGUAUGAAUUAAUUCAUAGUCGGCUGGACUGUGGAUGUUAUUCCUCUGCACAUUCCAGAGAAAUGGUAGAGAGAGCAAGGAAGUGGGUGGGUGGAGGUAUUUUAUGGGCACUUUCCAUUAACAACCAUCCUGAAACUACCGCACCAGCAGUGUGGUUAAUAAUCUGUAGGAAACAGCAACUCCCCCAGUUGGGCCUCAGCAUUUUAACUUGGCAUUUACACAGCAGAAGGGAUAGGCACAAAAAAGUGUAAUCCCUUCAGGGAGAGGAGUGUCACCACCUUUGCUGCUCACACAGAAGCUGCUGCUGCUGCUGUAAUUUCUGAGCCUCUUCCCCCCAUUUCCUACCCCUUACCUCCCCAGUUGAAAAGUGCUGACUUGGAAUCGGCUCAUUAAGCUGUAGAUGAGGCUGGGAGUUAACCCGAAUUGCCUGUAUGUUUGUUGCAUUGUCAACCUCCAUGUUACAACUUGCACAUUAUAAAUUGUUGUUAUUCUGAUGUAUUCUCUUGUAAGUUGCGUGCAAGAGGCUCUUUGAGGUAAAGGCUGAGCCCUGCAAACCUUGAGGAGAGAGCUUUGGUACUUUCCUAGUGUCAUAAACAUAUGGUAAGAUCAUGGAAAUGUCAAACUGUUGGAUGAGAAUGUAACUUUUGUCCUUCGCUGAGAUAAAAUAACCUGUCUGAUGCCAGAUCAAAUCUUGGUCCACUGUCCUUGGGUAGCCAAUACAUUUAGAUUAAUAAAAGUCUAUGUAUCUUGACUGGCAAUUCUUACCAAACUUAGUCAUUUUAAAACCCUAGCCAGAAAUGUAACAUACCCAUCCCUUCUGCUGUGUAAAUGCUGGCUGGGUUAUUCUGGGAGUUCAAGUCCACACCUCUUAAAAUGGCAAAGUUUGGUAACAGAGCCCUAGGCCUGCAGGUCAAUCACCAUUACCUAUCAGGGACUGAUCAUGAAACCUCUAUGCCACCAUGUGCUCCACUGCUGUGUGAUGAUUCUCCAAAACUUUGUUUGCUUUGGCAACUUGGUUUUGCCAUUUCCAUAUUUGCUAUUAAGGUCACAGUAGAAGAUCUGAUAUUUCCUGUCUUAACCAAAGAAGCUUUUGAAAAGAUUUUCUUUCUUAUAUAAAAUGACAGGAUCUCCAGUCUUCCUGCUGCUUCCUAUCAAUAGCUAGGAAGAAUAAAGUUGAAAGAUGAUGCAGAUGUGUACAUGUUUCCAGAUUCAGUACUUUCCAGGAGUUUGGGGAGCAAAGAAACAUGAUGUUCCAAGCUUUCAGUUAUAGAACUAGUGAGAGAUAAGGAUAUCCUCUGGUUUAGGAAGUUAGAUUUAGAAAGUGGAUGUCAGAUAAAAUACAAAACUGGGAACAUCAAUAUUGCUAUAUCUUUUUUGGAAGUAUCCUUGCCCCAAUACUGUAAGAAAAUCAAGUCUUUGGAAAGCCCACCCAUCAUGUUUCAUUAUCUUGAAUGAGAUUAUUUGUGGGAAUCCAACUAACCUCCCCAGAUUUAAUCUGGUAAUUUUGCACUAUGGUUGUAAAGGUGAAAUGUGUUGAAUUCUUGAACUCUGCAGCAAGCAAAAGGAUGUUUUGCAUAUAUCAGAUUCCUGAUUAAAUGGGUGAAGUCAGGCAUUCAAUAAGAACAAAACUCUCUUAUAUUGGUGGGGAAAAAGGAUAUAAAUCAAAAGAAAAAGAAAAGAGGGAAAUCUCAAAAGCACGUUGUAUGAUUUAGCAGUUGCACUGAAAAAAUGAACUCGCACUAACCAAGGGGAAAUUUUGGUUAUUAAAUGAGGGUGGGCCUGGAAUGGGAAUUGCUUUCUUCCUUCCUUGCUGCCAAGACAGCCCAUUACAUCUCGCCACAUGGGACUUCAAUAGCGAUGAAAUGAAUCAGUUUCAUGCAUAAAUUCAAUUGCUAGUGCCUCCCAACAAUUGUAUUGUGUGUUAUCUUGAACACAAUUUGUGCAAAUAGUUGUUUUGUGUGAGCUUAGUCACAGUGGGAACGGCUGACAGUGUCAAAUCUCAAGGAUGGUGGUCAGCUUGAUGGAUAAUGGGGCUGUUUUAGAAAAGGGGGGGGGGAGAAAUCGUAUGAUGGAAAUUCAGGUAUCAUGGUACUUAGGCUGAUUCCUAGACCUAAGCACUUGACAAAAAUAAGUUCUUUCUCAUGUGCUAAAUUUUCUAGGGGAUUGAGAUUACUAAAGCUAAUCUCAAUUCAUGCUAUAAGAAACAAGAAAAAUUUAACCCAUCUAAAUGAUAUUCCUUGUUGUAGAAUCAGAGUUGAAAGUAAAAGCUGCUCAAUAACUAAAAAUGGCAGGGGCUCUUUCAAUGUAUAUGUUCAGACAGAGAUUAGAUAGCUAUUGGGAAUACUUUAUUUUGGAUUCCUGCACUAAGGCAGGGGGGUGAGGAAUUGAUUGCCUAAAUGACUCUGCCAAUUCUGAUUGUAUGAAUCAUUUGGUCAUUGAAUCCAACUACCUUGGUCCAUUCAAGAAUCCAAAUCGAAGCAACCUGGCUUUCUAGUCUUUGCUUGAAUUUAGUCAAUAAAGGGAUGCCCUACCAUUUUCGCUAACUGUCUAGUCAGCGUAUGCUAUUGAAUUGUUCUUUUUCUAAGAUUCAUUCAAAAUCUCAAAUGCUAUAUGUCCUGGCCCUGGGAUUGAUGGACCAGGUCUAGGAGUCCUACAAUUGGUGCUCUGAAUAUUUUUUAAAAAAAUUAAAUCCGAGGUGCACACUCCACUCUAUUCAGCUUUAAUUUCCCUUAAAAUUCAUUAUGAUUUUGUCUACAUUUCCCAUACGGAAUACACAAAGAAGAUUAUUUAUCUUUUGCUGUUUUCCUUUGCCAUCUGAAAUAAAAUUACACUAUCAAGACAAAUUAGGAAAUUUAAGAACCACAUGUUCUUAAAUGGACAGGCAACAACUCUUUUCUAAUUCUUCUGUUUAUUAUAAAGAACUUGUAUAUUUUAGCUGCUGGUUUCUGCUGCAAUUCUUAUUUUGCCUUUGUAUGCUAAUAACUGACAUUCAUAUUUUUUCUCAUACUCUGAGCAUUAUUGGAUAGUCAAAUAAAAGUUAUAAACUCU